AUGCCGUGGUUUUACAGGUUCUUGCGAACACAUAACUUCGAUGGCCUUGACCUUGACUGGGAAUACCCUGGUGUUGAAUAUAGAGGCGGAAAACCUGAAGAGAAGCAACGUUUUGUCCAACUACUCAAGACCGUGCGUGAGGCAUUCGAAAGCGAUCCGGAAGUGCAGAAAGGUCGAGACCGACUCCUUCUUACGUGUGCAGUUGGAGUCACCGAGGAGCUCGUUACGACAGCCUACAACGUGACGGGAAUAGCACAGUAUUCCGACCUGAUUAACCUGAUGAUGUACGACUUUCACGGCGAGUGGGAGAACACCGUCAACGUCCACAGCGCCCUCUACAGCGACUUCGACUUAAGCGUGGAUCGCUUUGUUAAGUUGUGGGUGUCAGAAGGGGCGCCUAAGAGUAAGCUGCUAAUGGGGUUGCCGCUCUACGGGCGAUCCUUUACCCUGGUUGACCCCAACAACAACACCGUGGGUGCACCCAGCAGUGAAGGUCACGACAUGCCUUACUAUCAGGUGUGCCAGAUGAUAAAAGAGCACCAGAUAACCCCGACUACGCUAUCAAACGAGCGCGUUCCCUACUUUGUCCAUAACAACCUAUGGGUCGGGUACGAGGACAGGGCCAGCAUUCGCGAAAAGGCCCAGUACCUUCGGGCGGAGGGUCUAGCUGGUGCCAUGGUUUGGGCUAUAGAUCUGGAUGACUUCCACGGAACUUGCGAACAGGGACAAUACCCUCUAAUGAACGCGCUGAAUUUGAUCAUCAGUCCCGACAAUGCUAUCGUAGGAUAAGCAUGAUACGCGGAUAUUUGUUUUGGGACAUAAUUACCGUAUGUGUGUGUACUCAGAUAGACUAACCAAGUAAAAAAACUAAUUUGUGA